AUGCUGGGGCUAAGUUUUUCAUUAGCAGUGAUUUGUCUGCAAGUUUUUCUCCCCACUCUGCUGGGUGCUCCCGGCCAGUGCCCCAGCCAGUGUCACUGUCAUGGAGACCUGCAGCACGUCAUCUGUGAAAACAUUGGUCUCAAGAAGAUACCCCGUGUGUCUGAGGCCACACGUCUACUCAACCUUCAGCACAACACCCUAGGCAUGCUCCCCACUGGUGGAUUCAGUGAGAUGAAGGGUCUGAUCUCACUUCACCUGCAGCACUGUCAGAUUCGAGAGAUUGCCAGCCAGGCUUUUAAAGGGCUGAAGAAGCUCAUCUACCUCUAUCUGUCUGACAACGAAAUCAGCGCCAUCAAGCCUGGAGCUUUCGAGGACCUAAGUGAGCUCACCUACCUUUACCUUGAUGGCAACCGCAUAUCAAGCCUGCCGAAGGGAAUCUUUUCUCCCAUGAUCAAUCUCUUCAUUCUGCAGCUCAAUGACAACAAGAUCCGUGAACUGCAGCACGGCACCUUUACAGGCGCCAAAGACCUCCGAUGGCUGCACAUGAGUGGCAACGAGCUGAGCUCCAUGCAGCCGGGCUCUCUAGAUGAAGUGGAGAACCUGGCUAUCCUUCAUCUGGAGCGCAACAAGCUAACCACCUACCCCAUCAUGGCUAUGAGCAAACUGCGGGUGGUGGAGGAGCUCACUCUGUCGAAGAACCCGCUCAGCAGCAUUCCUGACUAUGCUUUCCGAAGCUUCGGGCGCUACCUGGAAAAGCUGCAUCUGGACAAUAUGGGCCUCGAGAGGUUCUCUAGCGGUGCUUUCGAAGGUGUGACUGCUUUAAAGUCUCUGCACCUCGACAACAACAAGCUGAAGACUCUUCCCAGCAGCCUUGACUUCUCCACGCUGCGAAACUUAACUCUAUCCAACAACCCCUGGAGCUGCACCUGUCAGCUGGAAAAUCUUAGAAAGUGGAUGGACUCAAGUCGCCAUCGUCCAGAUGCAGUUUGUGCCUCCCCUGCCAAUCAAAGAGGCAAGCAAAUUAGGGAUAGCUCUGCCUUUGGUCGCUGCAAACAAAAAACAAAGAGAGCCAAGAAGGGAACACGUCAUUGA